UUGAACCUCGCCACUAUGAACUUGUAAAAACUCAUUGAAAUAUUUGAAAAUAGUACACUACAGUAUACCUACCAUCGCGUUCGAGGUAAAAAAAAAUUACGUAAUGUCAACGAGUUCAGACCUACAGCAAAUGAACAAGAUUUCGAGACACUGGAUCGUUUGACAGAUGAAAACAUCGACCAUGGAAAAUCGCAUUCAAUAAUUUCCACGUGGUCCGCAUAAUCAAUUGGCAUUUUGUGGUCUAUUAUAAUCCUUCUAAUAAGCAUGCGAAGUCCUCUUUUUCGCUAAAUUAUUUCCACUUGAUAUCUGCUGAUGGUAUGUUGUCAUAAGUUCUUGUUGCUGUUUCCUCUCAAAGUCAUACUGGUUGUAUUCGUGAUGUAAACAAUGAACAUUGUGUUGGGAUCAAUUCCGACCAACAUCACUUGACACGGGUCAUUCGGCGUCUAGUGGUAAGCUGAAAAAAUAUUUGAUUCGUUCCCAGAGUGUGCACGUUAUUCAACGAUUUAUUUUCGAAUUACUGGUCGUGUUCAAUAAUUGGCUGCCAUCAAAGAGUCUACAGAUUUAUCCAGAGGUACCUUUGAUAAUUCGAGUGGGUAGAGAUCUCACCUGAUUAUAACAUUAAGUCGCAAAAUCCGCGAAAUAAUAAUCGAAACUUGGCCGCGUGACCACGUGCUUCCAGCUUUCAAGUCAAACUACGCGAUUCGUAAUCCCAAGUGCUGUGAUUUAAUCAAAAAAACAAAUCUGGGUCCUUAUUAGGCUGAAUAACGUAUUUUGAAUUCGCUCUAAGUGAUUGUUUCCUUGAAAGAUUUAUGUAAUUAUUGAAAACUCAUGGAUAUAUCAACACGCAAGCUAUGCAAACGAAUCGCAGAACCAAUCGACGAAUGGCUACACGGCGAAGGCUACUUUCGGAAGCAUGCACCAAGAGAUUCGACUUGUCUUUUCAGAGCAAUCAGCGAACAAGUUUAUUUGACUCAAAAUUUUCACAUUCGAGUCAGGGAGGAAUGUAUCAAAUUCAUGAGGGAUAACAAAGAUCUUUUUGAAGAGAGCAUCAGUAUCCCCUUUGAGAGCUACUUGGAACAGAUGUCAUAUUUCACUGAAUGGGGAGGAUUAUUUGAGAUCAAAGCCAUGUCCUUGCUUUAUCAAAGAGAUAUCAUUCUGUUCCAUGGAGUAAAGCUAACACGUCAGUUGGUGACUCAUAAUGGAUUCAAUAAAAUGAUCUAUUUGUGCCAUAUACCACCAAAACAGUAUGAAACUGUCUAUGCAAGAGAUUUUAUCUCCGUUGCAGCCUUUUGUCAAUCCAUUGUGUAUCAAACACUUUACAAAGAUGUAUUUGGAAUGGUAGAUGUUGAAAAGGCAGUGUUUAAAAUGCUGCAUGAUCGUUCUGGCAAUGUUUCCCAUGAUAAAUUCUUCCUAAAAGAGAAUUUAGAAAUCAGAGAACAACUUACCAUGGAACUGUUUAACAAAUUGGAAAAAACUGGUGAGGAUGAAGGACCUGUAGCUUCAACCAAAGACCUCACACCGUUUCCAUAUAGAAUUGCGAAAGCGUUAGACCCUGAUAUAUAUCGCAACACUGAUUUUGAUAUCUGGCAAGAGAUAAAAAGGGAGAUUAGAAAUGCAAGUUGGAUGAGAUACAACAGUUCCGAGCUGCAAGUGGGUGGCAAGUGUUUCGUUCACAUGGAUACGACAGAAGAUGAAACAGACAAGAAUGAUCAUCACACAAAUUACACUAAUAAUAAUACCACCAGCAUUAAAGAAAAGUCAACUAGCGAUAAUAAUGGGAAUGAACAGAAAUCUGUGAACAAAAAAUCCGGCAAAAAAGAUCCCAUAAUUUUCAGUGGUCAUAUACAAGAAAUGAGUAAAAACGAAGGGCCCGUUGUCGUCUUUAUUGAAGAGCUUGGUGAAAAGAAAACAGUCCCUUAUUCUUCGUUGAAGCCUCACACACCUAAAAAAAAUAAGCAACCGAAUUGGUCUACAAACAGCCACAAAAAAAAUAAUAUUUUUGAUUCUGGUAAUCAAAAAUGGAAGAGAUCUUGGUAUGGCAACUCUCGUAAAAUGAAAGAUUUUCCAACAAACGUGAAUUCUGUAUCAAGUAACCAAACUGACAAAAAUAACAACAAAAUUCACCAUGAAGACACGAACCAAUGGGACGAUGAAUCAAGACAUAGCAAUGAAUCGCCCUUAUCAUACAAAACUUAUACAAUGGAAAGACUCACUGCUUAUCAAGGCUAUACAGUCAAUACCUCAAUUGAUGUUAUGCCUGUGUCGGUUGUAUUGGAUACUUCCCACCCACCCGUAACUGAAUCUUUGCGAUCUGAUGGUACACAGCCUGAUGAAAAUCCUGCCUGCGAUACGACUAAUACCUGUGAAAAGCUAGUUACAGCUAACGAUCCUGUGGAAAGACAAGUUCCAAGUACCCCUGAAUCUACUAUUGUACCAGAAAUAGUUUUGCAGAAUUGUAACCGUGAUGGACAAAAUGAAGUGUACUAUCCGCCACAAGCUGGGAUGUCACAGUACCUUACUGGGAAUGGGAAUGUUUACUAUCCAGCCGCUGACUGCAACAUUGGAGUUCCCUCACCCCAGUUUUUCAUUAGUAACGGUUUCAUUAGUAAUCCCCCGACUUCCGUGGAGUCUGUAUAUCCUGCAAACCAAAUAAUGCAGUCCGUUAAUACAUCGGCUCCAAAAAGCAUGGAUCCUAAUGGCAGUGACUUACCAUUAUCAGACCUGUCUACUGUGAGGUUUUUCUACAAUCUAGGAUUGGAAUACUAUCAAUCACACUGUAGUUGGAUAGGAUGCAGCAUGAGUACGCCGAUGUCACUUGGAACCUGUUACAUUCCACAAGGCAGCCCGAUUAACCAAUAUAAUAGGAUAAACAAUUUGGCAGCAAAUGAAGGUUUAACAUUGAAUGAUGAAAUAUUACAACUUAACCAAAAUCUUCAGCCAAAACUUGUAAUCUCCCAGCAACAAGAAGAACAAACCUGCUCCACUGCUGAGUUUUCAGUAAACGAUGGAAAAGGACAAAACAAAACCGUGAAUCAAAGUAAUCAAGGUUUACUGAAACAAAUGGGAAGAAUGGAUUCCCAAACUGUACAAGAUAAUAGGGCUUCACCUCACACAGCGUUGGUACAACAAUCUGCUCCAUACAGCCCUGCUAUUGAGAAAGGAAAGGACUCACCGCUUCCCAAUAAAGAUACCCAGCGCGGCAAUAGAAACAGCGUGGCACCAAGAUUUAAAAAAAAUUACGACGGUCGGUACCGUACUUCUCGGCAAUACCAUCAUCAGCAACAGCAGCAGCAAUCAUCUCAAAUACAACAGCAACAACUACAACACCAACAUAAACAUCAACAGCCGUUCCAAAGCCCACCAAACACAGGCAGUAUUGAUGUACAAGCUACAAAAAACAAUGGUACUCAAAACUUGCAUAACGCUGAAGGACAGCCAGUCAUUCCGCAUAAUCAUGCUGCUAAUGCUGGAAGUAAUCCUGUAUUUCACAGUCCUAUGAAUCAAGUACCCUAUUCGCAACCUCCAAUCUAUACCGCGAUUCCCUAUUAUCCAACUGAUACAGAUUCAACUUUCCAACAUCCAUAUUAUCCAUCAAACCCAGGUUUUCCUGUGCCUUACAUACCCCACUCUGAUAUAACAGAUGGAAACAACAUUAAUCACUACCCACCAAACAUUUAUCCAGGUGGAGAAAGUUAUGCACAACCUUAUCCGGUCUUCUCCCAAUAUAUGUACCCAACUGGUAUGUAUCCUGCUCUAUCUCCGCAAACCAAUUCUGAAACUUGGUAUCCAAUACCUGGACAAACGCCUACAAUUCCCGUACCACACUACGUUCAAUAUUCACCACCAGCUACAUCUUUGCCAAGCUCACCAAAUGGACCGCAGAGUUCUAAUGUAUCAAAGUAGUUUCAAGUUGUCAUACGUGUCCAGGUGGGGUAUUGAAAUUUUUCAUUCCGAUUGACUUUAUUCUUAAGCCAAAAGUACCACUGUAUCAAAGCAAAGGUAAAACACCCUUAAGUCUCUGUAGAGCAAAUUUGUCGAAUUCAUGUCACAAUGAAUCAAUGUUAACCAACUUGAUACUUGGAAAUAUGGUUGAUAACAUUCUCUGUGACUUCCAUUGCGUAAACUAGAAAUGAACGUCACCUAGGCUGAACUGAAUUGUCAUUUUAUGUGACGAAAUUCAAAUAAUCCAAUCUAGUCAAAGUGUGGAAACGAAUUUAUCAAGUUGGUGGUUCGUUCUUGAAUAACAACCCCCAACAACAACGUCCGUGCGACCGAUAUAGGCAGAGAUGAUUUCAUCAACCUAUGCAGUUUCUAAUAUUUAGUGGUUUUGUAAAGAGAUCGAAAAUGCUCAAAGAUAUUUCGUCUGAAAAUAAUAUAUAUCGUUAAGUAGUUUAUAUUCUUUAGAAUUUAACUUGUUGAAAUAGUUGUAAAAAUAGUUGAAUAUGUUCUUUGAGGGCUACGAACUAAUAUAAUGCUAUUGGAAGUGAAAAUCAAAAUCUGGUCGGUACAAGGUAUUGAAUCUGAAUUGUAAGACUCCGAUAUCAUCCUUGCGCUCUGAAAACUGGAUAUAUCCUAGCAUUAAAUUCUAUUCUCGAGUCUAUAAAACAAGGCCAGCUUGUGAUGGAAAUAGAUUCAAAAAAGGCCAAGAGAAAAUUUAAUGAAUAUAAAAAAGUAAAAACGGUGUGUUCACAGUGCAUAACUCUUUAAGUAUGUAUAAAAACUGUAUUGCUGGUUAUUACACCGGUGAUGCUAUUUUUCUACUUUUAUAUCAAUGACAUUUUUAAGUAUCUGUAAUUGUUACGGAUUAUACUUGAAAAUUUCAUCGUGCACUGUUUCAAAGAUUGUCAAGAUAUUUUUCAUCAGAUAUGCUUAUAUUAGUCUACUUUUUAUAGCUUAUAUUAGAAAUAUCCAUUGUUAUGACUUAUUGCAAAGUUUAAUUAGGAUUUAGAAGUAGAUUUAAAACGAAAGGGAUAUGAAAAUAGCUGUUCAGAACAAGUAUAUUCUGGUUGGUAUUAUUAGUUACUAUAUGAGUUUUCAAGUAAUUUCUUUGUAUUUUUAUAUAAGUGACUAUUCAGCUUAUUCAUCUAACAUUUAAUGUUUUUCAAUAUUGUUACAACUUUCUUACAGGCUUUCUACUGAAUAAUAACACACUUGACAUUUCAUAAAAA